UUUGAUUUGGAAAUGGCGGGUUGGGAGAGGGCUGCGAUUCUUGUUCUGCUUAAGGAAUCCUGCCGUAGCCAGAAGCAGGUUCGAGAAAUUCAAGCGCAGCUCAUCCUCCAGAAAAUCUACCCAAACACCAGAGUCGCUCAACACUUCAUCGGUGCGUGCCAAUCACACGGCCUUCUCAACACUGCUCUUGUUCUCUUCACCACCCUCCUCCCCCACCCCCACGUCUACACCUUCAACACCCUCAUCAGAGUCUUCUCCCAAUCCCUUACCCCGCACACCCCUCUCUUCAUCUACACCCACAUGCGCCGCUACUCCCUCCUCCCCAACAACUUCACUUUCCCUCCCCUCUUCAAGUCCCUCUCCGACACCCGCCAAGUCACCCAGGCGCAAUGCGUCUACACCCACGUCCUCAAACUCGGCCACCACCAAGAUAUCUACGUCCGCAACUCCCUCCUCGACGUCUACGCCUCGUGCGGCCACUUCGCAUUGUGUCGCCAACUGUUCGAUGAAAUGCUUCACAGGGAUGUUGUGUCCUGGAGCGUGUUGAUCACUGGGUACAACAGCGUUGGCGGCUACGACGAUGCCUUGGUUGUCUUUGAACAGAUGCAGUAUGCGGGGUUUGUUCCUAAUAGGGUCACGAUGAUAAACGCGUUGCACGCUUGUGCUCACUCUGGGAAUGUUGACAUGGGGGCGUGGAUACAUGGUGUCAUAAAGAGGGAGGGUUGGGAAUUGGAUGUGGUAUUGGGGACGGCGCUGAUUGAUAUGUAUGGGAAGUGUGGGAGAGUGGAAGAGGGGUUGAAUGUGUUCCGGAGCAUGAAGGAGAAGAAUGUGUUUACUUGGAAUACGGUUAUUAAAGGGCUAGCUUUGGCCAAGAGUGGACAAGAAGCAAUUUGGUGGUUUAACAAAAUGGAGAAAGAUGGAGUUAGACCGGAUGAAGUGACUUUGUUGGCGGUGCUAUCUGCGUGCAGUCACUCGGGUUUGGUGGACAUGGGUCGAGAGAUUUUUGGUUUGUUGGUUGAUGGGAGGUACGGGUGUUGUCCUAAUGUCAUACACUAUGCUUGCAUGGUUGACGUGUUGGCGCGUUCUGGGCGUUUGAAAGAGGCUGUUGAGUUCAUGGGAUGUAUGCCUUUUGGACCCACCAAGGCUAUGUGGGGAUCGUUGUUGGUUGGUUCUAAAGCUCAGGGUGACUUGGAGUUGGGUCUGCUAGCGGCUGGAAAGCUCAUUGAAUUGGAGCCGGAUAACACUGCAUAUUAUGUUCAUCUAUCAAAUCUGUAUGCGGCGAUGGGAAGAUGGACUGAUGUUGAGAAAGUGAGGGGGGUGAUGAAGGAUAGGCAACUGACCAAGGACUUGGGGUGUAGUUCUGUGGAGGUACAACACCAGAGGAAUGUUGGCGAACUUUUGGCAUAGUAAAACUCUCUUACCAUUUAAGCGACUAUGUAGGAAUUAAACCUCUAAUUACGUGCUUAUAAGAUAUGGUAUCUGCUAACCAAGUUGGUCUCUUAUCAUUAUCAUGUAACUUAAGAUGGAAUACUUGUCACUCCCUCCAAAUUGGUGUUCAAGAGGAUAUCAUGAUGUAGUAGUUCACAAAAGAAAUACUACACGAUAGUAACAUACUUUGUUUUUUUUUUUUUUGAGGAAAUGAUAGUAACAUACUUAACAGUUGA